CUCUUACAAUGCUCCAACUUCCUUCUCCAAGUUGGACUUUUGACACAUUACAUCCACUGUUACAUUACUCACAACAUCCACCCCUCACACGCACCCCCCCCCCCCCCCCCCCCCCACCGGACCUCCUACUCCCUCCAACUGAGUUUAUAAGGCGGCCUCAGUGGGCUCACAGCAAACACUUUUUACAGGGCCAACAAGAAGCCAGGUGCUUCUUUUACUACAUUUUGGACCCCCCCACCCCCUCCUUCCAAAAAAUGGGUACUCUAAGAAUAUGGGGGGUGCUGAGGCUAUGGGCAGUGCUUUGCACAAUGGCAUGCGUGGGCUCGUCGCCACACUACAAUCAGGUGGACUACGCCGACGUCUAUGACAACGAGGUGGCCAGUGAGCAACGGCAAGAGGAUUCCCUGCAGCCGCAAACAUCGUGUCAAUCUGCGGAGCUCACUCGAUGGGACAAGCUCUUCAUUGCCCUGGAGAACUCUCACAUGAGGCAAAACAUGCUGCUGGAGUCCUCGGAAUCUUGCUGCGGGGCCGCGGCGUCCCUCAGGGAACAGGUGGAUCGCCUGGCCCGGACGGCGUCCCGCCAGUGCCCGCCCUGGCAGUCCGCCAUCAAGUUGCUUCAUCAAGACCUCCUGGAGCUCCGUGAGGAAGGUGAGGCGAGGGAGAGGAGGUUCAACGCCACCCUGCAGUUGUAUAUUCAUUCCAAGCCCUCGGCGUUGGGUCUUAAAGAACAAGAAGUGAUGCGGGAAGUAACGGCGCCCCCUGCCGACAGUGUGGAAAAGGCCCUGGUUACCAUAGCGACCGAGCUGCAGAGGCUCUAUGUGCAGCUCGGUCGGGUUAUCCAGCAGGCGGGCACACUGAGGAAAGACUCGGAAGACUCGUGAGAGGCCCACACCAGAUGGACUGCUAUCUUACAGUGGAUAUAAAAAGUCUACACACCCCUGUUCAAAUCUUUUUUGUGUUUGUGUGAUUAAAAAAAAAACAUGAGACAAAGAUUUGUCAACUUUUUCCACCACAUCAGAAAAACUAGUAUUUAAACAGGGGUGUGCAGACUUUUACAUCCACCCUGUAUUUGCACAUUUGGAUUAUUAUUGAGGAUUCCCGCCCCCACUAUUUUUUUUUUUUUAAUUUGGAUGCAUUUGAAGCAAUAAAAGUCAUAAAAAGAAGACCCAUUAGCCUUGUGGAAAUGUGUCCUCCCUCCGCCCACGCGGCGCUUUUGAAAUCACAGCCAAUUGUGCACACAGCUCGCACGCUCCCGGUCGAGUCCGAGAAUGGGCAAAUCUUUUUGCUCAAGGGUCACAUUUGAUUUUUUUUUAAUAAAAAGUCUUGCAACGUUUCAAAUAUGCCGCUUUGUUUUUUUCCCGUAAAAAAUGGUUUUGCCACAACUGCCUCCCCGUUCCUCCUACAUUCCAAAAACCUGAUGCAUGUUGGAUGAAAUGAAAGCUAUAAAUUGUCCGUCGGUGUUUGUCCGUUUGUGCGCUGCGAUUGGCCGGGGGGACCACUUCAAGGGGGGGGGGGGUGUACCCCGCCCGCUGCCCUUUUUGAUCAAAAAAUGGAAUGUGAUCUUGAUUAGGCGCCUUUUACUUUUGUUUCUUUUCAACAACAAAAAUGUUCUCGGGUCAGGGUGACCCGCCGCAUGUUUGGUCACCAAACAGAAAAAUUAGAAGUGGCAAUGCAAAACAAACAUGCACUACAUGUCAUAACAUGUUUGAAGUUUUUUUUUAAUGUGUUCUUCUUUUUUUUUUUUUUAAUCUUUUGUUCGCUUUUAAAACGGGUCAGUUUAACCCGUCGUCCAGUGUGUUCUUUUCAUCCCGGCAACUAAUGAGACGCUUUGGUGAACGUCGGCUUCCGUGUUGCGCUUUCAGCUGCGAUGCGGUGCGAGAGAGGCGUGCUGAUAAUGAGAGCAAACACAAAAGCAGGUGGCUAAUGAUGAGGAAAUAGCUGGAACAACAACAACUCGACUGACACAGGAGUAAAACCAAACGCAAUCAAUGCAGGAUACGGUGAUUCCGUCUCAGGAAUGACUGCAUCCUGCACGGGUGUCUUGUCUGGAUUCACUUCCCACUUAUUUGGCGGCCGUUACUCUUCUUUCACCUGACUGUGGUUGCCAAAUAGCAUUCGAGUCUCGAAAUGAUUGGCGCCGCGCCUUGGCAGGCGAGUGUGUGAAGCCAGUAAACAAAAAAAUUAACAAACAUUUUUUAAAAAAGCUCCUAAAUAAAUACCGUACCUUCCCUUCAAGCGUCGUGAUUGAUACCAACUUCAAGAGUCGAGCUGUUUGUUCACCAGCGAAAAUUUUAUUGUCACAUGAACAGACGACACCAUGUUGGCACUUUUUUUUUUGUCAUCAACCCCCACCAAAAUUUUUAAAAA